CGAGAUUAUCUCUUGAGUCCGAACAGAACCUCAAGAAGCACAAUACAAAUUCUAUCAUCAUCCUACUGGAAAUAAUCAUGGGCUGCGGCGGCUCCAAAUACGAAAAUGGCGUCCCUGUCAGAUAUGGCAUGUACGGCGAACCGCAUCCCAUCAAGCCUAAGUACUACAAAGGAAGACCAUACUACGAUGAUCGCAGUACUUCACAAAGGUGGGCUGACGAGAUGACGGCCAAGACGGGGAGAAAGUGGAAGAAGGGACAGUUGGAGGCUGCUAUAGCUGGGGGUUCGUCUGGUGGAGGCGGAGGUGGUGGAGGAGGGUGUUGAACGAGCUCCAUCCUCGGACAUAGCAGAUUUGCGGCGAUGUGGGACUAUUUUGCGCUAGGUACGAGCGAGUACUCACAGAGCUCUUGAGUUCCAGGAGUCCUCUUACGGGAAUGGGCGUUCAGGUUGAAGCGUCAUUCAGGAUACGGACGUGGUGGUAUAUUUGAUGCCAGUAGAAUUGUUGACAGCUAUAGGGGAAAAUGAUAUAUUCCGCUGGAGA